UCGGGCGCAAACGUUAGUGACUGAAGCGCCAUUUUGCGUUGCCGUCGCCACAGCAUAGGAGUUAGGUAAUUGGAGGCAGUGGCAGGAGAAAGUCGGGGCUCGGUGCUCCUCCCACGGAUUCCCACUUGUUUGGCCACCUGCCGCCUUAGACACGCGCCAGCAUGAGCGACGUGGAGGAGAAUAACUUCGAGGGGAGGGUGAGUAGUGAGCGGUUCUGUUCGGGCCGAGGUGUCGGAGGCCUGGCCUGGCCCUGAGGGCAAGAAGUGGGCGAAGAAGAAAAAAAGAGCCUCCGCAUCGGGCGCCGAGCGGGGCGGAGUCAUCCUGAGAGACUUCGUUGUUCCUUACCAAAAUGGUUCCUUCCUCCGAGGUGGGGCUACGCUACAUCCCGCCCGCAGGGACCGCGCUCUCGUUGGCUGUUUCGACUUGGCCCUGCUUUCCUCCUUCCGGACCAGGAUCCUCGGAAUUAACAAACCGUGAUCCCGACUCCUCUUUUGGCGCCAACCCUCACCCCUUUAAUGAGUGUUGGGUUCUCGCUCCCCCCCUUCGCUCUAUUUUUAACCGUUUGCCCUUUUCCUUUUUUUUUUUUUUUUUGCCAUUUUCAAGUUCUUUCAUUCUCGAUUGCUUUAAAUUCCCGUUUUCACUUUAACUAAUAACAUCCUCCUCCCGGAAAUCCAAAAAGAAAGUAUGCAGGGCUGGUGGGAAGGGACCCUAUACAGUCAGAGAAAUCGGGAGGGCCGGCGAUAAUGCCCCCUUGUCCUAGGAGAGAGUUGAGGACCGUUUCUAAUAAUAAUACGAUGAAAAUGGCAUCAGAAUUUUUUCAGGAAUCACGCUCCCAGUCAAAAUCUCCAGCUGGGAGUCCUGCUCGUGCAAAAUCUGAGAGCAGGUCACGAUCUCGUAGCCCAUCAAAAGCUUCUAAACAUUCUGAAUCACACUCUCGAUCAAGAUCAAAAUCCAGAUCUAGAUCCAGAAGACAUUCUCACAGGCGAUAUACCCGCUCUAGAUCCCAUUCUCACAAGCGGCGAUCACGAAGUAGAUCUUAUACCCCAGAAUAUCGGCGUCGAAGGAGCCGAAGCCACUCUCCUAUGUCUAACCGAAGAAGGCAUACUGGCAGCAGAGUAUGUAGUGCUAAUCCGGAUCCUAAUACAUGUCUUGGAGUGUUUGGCCUCAGCUUAUAUACUACUGAGAGAGAUCUUCGAGAAGUCUUUUCCCGUUACGGACCAUUGAGUGGAGUCAAUGUGGUGUAUGAUCAACGGACUGGACGAUCAAGAGGAUUUGCUUUCGUUUACUUUGAAAGAAUAGACGAUUCUAAAGAGGCUAUGGAACAUGCAAAUGGAAUGGAGUUGGAUGGUAGAAGAAUCAGAGUAGAUUACUCUAUCACAAAGAGAGCACAUACACCCACCCCUGGUAUCUAUAUGGGCAGACCAACUCACAGUGGAGGUGGAGGAGGAGGAGGUGGUGGUGGUGGAGGAGGAGGAGGAACUGGCCGUCGCCGUGAUUCCUAUUAUGACAGAGGAUAUGACAGAGGAUAUGACAGAUAUGAAGAAUAUGAUUAUCGCUAUAGGAGGCGAUCACCUUCACCAUAUUAUAGUCGUUACAGAUCAAGAUCAAGAUCUCGUUCCUACAGUCCAAGGCGUUAUUAAGAAGAGAAGUCAAUUACAGAGCAAAUACCAUUUUUCAACAGCAUGUUCCGAACCUAGCUUUUCCUGUUGGUCUCCUACCAUUAUCCUAUAUCCAAUUAAAAUGUCCCUGGUUCAUUAAGAUGUAUUUUCUUUUAAAAUACCCAUUUUCAUCUCUUCUUACUGUAAUAUUCAGGUGUAAUUGUUGUAGUUUUAUGUACUUAAAUAUCUUUAAACAAAAAUUAAUGGGAAUCCCAGAAUGGUAAAUAUUUUGUAAUUCCUGCAUUUGGUUGUUUUUUAAACAAGUGGAUUUUUGUUGAACCUCAUGGAGAAUGGAGAAAGAACUGGUAUGUGCUAAUGCUUGCAUGUCAUAUUUUCAGUAGAAAGCUACUAUUUUAAUAACCUGUUAUCUUUUUUGGUUUCAAAAAAAUCCUCUUGUCCUGCUUGUUUUGUUUAACACAAUUUGGUAUAUAAUCCAAAGCCAGAAUUUUCCUGUAUCUUCAGUUUAAUAAUUAAAAUAAUAUUGGACCGGAAGGACUAUCCCUUGGAGGGGGGGGGAAUAUAUACCUGACGCACCCUGUUUAAUGGACUUUGGUAAUAAUCUCAAUGCUGCUCAGAGGAAAUUGAAUUUUGUUUUAAAUACCUGCAAAGUAUUCCUCUUAUUUUUAUUUUUAUUACCCCAUAAUCAGGAUAAGCUUAACUGACUAGAUAUAAGGAAUAUUUGAUCUGUUCACACAAGUCUAUAUGAUACAAAGAUGAAGCGGGUUCUAUUUAGUAGUAUGAUCUGAAAUUGUAAUUAUUUGACUUCUCAAAAUAAAUUUAAAUUGUACAAUUGCAA